AUGACUGAACCCGUAUGGGACGCUGAACACCAGAGAUAUUUGCGUACACACUGGGACGAACAGUACGGGCGCUAUUAUAGAAACCACUAUGUGGAAGAACAGGGCUGGGUAUUCUUUGACUGGCUCCCCUUUGACUGGCUCCCGCCUCAAAGCCAACCCACUCGUACCGAUUCACCGCAGGGUGUUCGAGCAGGGCCAGCUUCUACUCCGGCUAUAGAAGGUCCAGAAAUCAGAGGCACUUACAAUUAUAACCAACCCGCGCCGAACAGCCAUGUGGAAUCGUUGGACCAUUCUUAUUUUGUCAGACCUAGCAGUUUCUUUACUGUUGGCAAGGUCUUCUCGGUCUUGUUCAGUGAAGCAGCUGGCUCGACAGCAACUGCAUACAACAACUCCAUCUCUAUUGUGAGGUAUGGAGAGUAUGUGCAUAGUCAGAUCCGACGUUUCAUCGUAGUCGCACCCAGGCAUGGAUUUUGCUUCGCCGUCCCCAUAUUCACGUACGGUGGCCAGGGUACGAAAAAGCACGGUGUGUUACCCAGUGCACAUGCGAUUGCCUACUCCCUUGGCUCUAUGCCUUCACUGUUGGAAGGCGAAAGCUCGCUUGAUAAGGACCCUAUCUGCAUCAUGAUGGCGCAAGGAGUACCUCAGCUAUCUCAAGCAUCGCGAAUUUUCUUUGGAAUCCACCACCCUACUCAGCACAACGUCAAGGUCAAGGAUAUUGGCGACGUUCAUCCUGAUCACAUCCACAAGCUCUUAGGUUAUUGGAACACCCAGAACUACUCGCCCGGCGACUAA